UGUUUUUUUUCCAUUAAAGAUAAACUCUUAUCUCUUCCGAGCAGAGGGAUUUCCGCCAUAAAGUUCGCCACCGCAGUCUUUGGGCAACUCGUCACACUGCUGUUGCGUACAUAACAUGCAUCAGGGCUUUUGAAUACUGCAACACAAAACCAGUAACUUAAAAAAACCACAUUCAAGGAUGACUACAGAGAUUGUGAGGAACGUCACUGCUGAUUUGACCCUAAAGGAUGCUCCGUGGUCCAGAAUUAGCACUCCUCUUGCUCUGGGCCACACUGCACUCUGCACCCUCUCCUGGUCAUGCCUGCCUGUGCACCGCCCUUCAGCCUGCUGGUUUGCUUGUCAACUGCACCUCUUCUGACCUCUCGGAGUUGCCUCCUCUGCCAUCAGAUACCAGGGAGCUCCACGUGCAGGGCAACAGCCUCACCAGCAUCCCCUCAGGCCUGUUUGAUAAACUGCUGGACCUUCAAAGUAUCUCCCUCACCGGUAAUCCUUUCCACUGUGACUGCAGCAUUGAAUAUCUGAGAAACUGGCUGUUGAGGAAUAGGGCUGUAGUCUCUCAGGAGCCCACAUGCUUCAGUCCCAGCUCAGUGGCACAGAAAGCUAUCACAGAACUCACUGAUGACUACUUUAUCCAGUGUGCCCCGAGAGGCUGCAGUAAAACCACCUCUGUGGUUGUGAUGGGAGUGAUGCUCUGCUGCCUCAUUGUUCUGCUUCUCUGGAGCCUGAGACUCGCCAAAGACUGCACCUUCACUCUCAAUAUUGAAGAAAAAAACUUGGGACUCAAGGCUGACUCUCUAUAGCCACUAAAAGUGAGAUGCAGGAGGAGGCUGUCAGUUGUCAAUGAACACUGUCAUCUUUUCACUGAGGAUCUGGAAAGGCAUCCUGUCAACAUGGAGUUACUACCACAAGUGUUGGAUGUGUUGCACAAGAAACACAAUAUUAAGAGUAAGGCUAUCUGAGGCACCUAUUUGAACACAUUUCAUUCAAACACUAGAAACGCCAAUCGAGGAGACUCUUUUCUCUUCUAUAACAAAAAAUAUGCAAUAAGUUGUUUUGUAAACUUGAGAUGUGCCAUUAUUUUCUUACACUUAAAGGCAAUCCAAAGAAAUCCCUCUUAUUUAGGCAAUGAAUACAUGAUUCUAAAUUCUGA